AUGUCGUUUCCAGAGGCGCCUCUUUGGCAGUUGACAAACCAGUGGCUGGAAUGGGACCAGGAUGAUAAGACAUUACAAGAGAUUCGCAGUCUCAAAGACGAAAACAAUGUACCCGAGUUGGAGAAAUGUCUCAGGAACAGAAUCCAAUUCGGCACUGCCGGUCUCCGCGGCGAAAUGCGCGCUGGAUUUGCUUUUAUGAACUCUCUCACUGUCAUCCAGGCUUCGCAGGGAUUAGCGAAAUUCCUCAAGGCGACUAAUGAAAAACGUGCCAUUGAAAAUGGGAUUGUGAUUGGUGCCGAUGCACGACACAAUUCGCACAGAUUUGCUGUUCUUGUGGCCAAUGCCAUGGUGGCCAUGGGGUUCAAAGUCCAAUGGCUUGGAUCGGUCAUACCUACGCCAUUGGUGGCAUGGGCUACGGGUCAUACGGGAGCAGCUGCAGGUGUUAUGAUCACUGCUAGUCAUAAUCCAGCCAAAGACAAUGGUUAUAAAGUUUACCUUCAAGGGGGGGUCCAAGUGAACACACCCUGGGACGCAGAAAUAUCGCAGCACAUCGAGGAGAAUUUAGUACCAUGGAAGGAUGCCUGGAGGACAGGAACUGAAAAUGAAUUCAGCAGAUCCAUCUUUACGAAUAAUUUCUCCGAAUGGGUUGAUGCUGUUGUCACUUACGCUAAAUCCACCGUGCCGAAAGUUCUUCUCCCAACACAAUUCUGUUACACACCUCUACAUGGCGUGGGAGGCAACUUUCUACCACACCUCCUACAACAAACCGGUAUCGGUACUGGAAUGAUUUCUGUCGAUAAACAGUUCGAACCAGACCCGAACUUUCCCACGGUCCCCUUUCCGAACCCAGAAGAGGAUCAUGCUCUCGACCUCGCCAUAAUGGCUGGCGAGGKAAAUUCAUGCGAUUUGUUGGUCGCGAAUGAUCCUGACGCUGACCGUUUUGCGGCAGCGCAGAUUAUGCCUGAACGCGGAUCCUGGUACACCUUUACCGGCAACCAAAUCGGCAUUUUGCUUGCUGCACACAUCAUCGAAAAUCUCAAGUUUCCCUGCCCCAAAAACGGAUACUAUAUGCUCAACACCACCGUCUCAACAACCAUGCUCUCCAAAAUGUGUGCCGCCCAUGGCAUCCAAUACCGCGAAACCCUUACAGGGUUCAAAUGGAUGGGCAGUAUUGCGCGCGAUCUCGAAGAGAAGGAAGGCUACAUUGUCCCCUUUGCCUUUGAAGAAGCAAUCGGUUACAUGUUCUCUGGCACAAAAUGCUAUGACAAAGACGGCCUGACUGCUGCAGCAGUUUUCUUGCUUGCUGAAGCCCAUUGGCGAAAACAGGGCCUAACACCGCUCGAUAAACUUCGCGACCUUUUCAAAAAUUACGGCCACCACGAAACGUUCAACAAUUACUUCCGUUCUCCAAAUCCGCAAACCACGGCCGAUCUAUUCACCAAAAUCCGUGCCGGAAACGACAAAUGGAAAAAAGGAGCGACAUUCGGCCAAAAGAGGAAAUUCACAAUUACGCGCUGGCGCGAUAUGACCUUGGGGUAUGAUUCGGAUACACCGGAUAAUGUGCCCGAGUUACCUGUUGAUAAGGGUAGUCAUAUGUUGACUCUCUGGCUGGAUGAUGAUAUCAAGUUCACGCUGAGAGGGUCGGGUACUGAGCCCAAGGUCAAAUGUACACCUCCCUUCAUCCCCCUAUCUAUCUCCUUCCACCUUUGA